AUGGCGCUGGCUCUUGCGCUGAGUUUGGUUGUGGCUUCGGGGACGAUCUGCAAAGAAGAUGUCGGGGAUAACGAAACCUGUGUGCUACGGGACAACCUCGCCGUGGUGCCGCCGUCGGACGGGGUCUACAGCUUCGAUGGAGCCAUCGUGGUGCCGGCAGGCCAACACCAGCGCUUCAGCGGGCCAGUGGCUUUCAGGAGCUCCAGCCUGGUGCUGGAGCCGGGCAGCGCCAUGGUGGGCAACAGCCGCUUGAAGUUCCUGGCGGCCUCCGUACGCCUGACCCAAGCCUCUUUGAGGGCCAAGGACUUGGUCUUCGCGCACUCCACGUGCGAAAGCAUGAGCUUCCUGCAGAGCGAGCUAGAGGCGAGCCGCAAGGUGAGCGUGACUUGCGUGGGCGGGAAUGUGAGCUUGUUCGAUGCAAACUUCACGGCGCGGUGGCGCAAGGACGCUCUCAGCCUGAAGGUGCUGAGCGAGACCUUCUUCGCGAAGGGCCAUACACGGCUGAUGGCUCGCAGCAUCCAGGUGGUCACCUGGGAGAACCUGGUAUUGGCGGCGGAGGUGCAGCAAAUGAGCGUCUUGGACCUGAACAGCUACGGGCCCAUGAGCUUGGGCUGGCAGGGUGGGUUCUGGACGGUGCGGUCCAUGUGGGUCCGCGGGAUGCGGGUGGACCUGGCCCGGGACCACCGCGUGGAGGCGCUCGGCCAGGCUUCCUGCAGCCCGGUGGUGACGGAGGUCCAUGACCUGUGCGAGAACACCGGGCGGCCCGUUCAGGCGCUGUUGCGGCAUUUGCAACCGGACCUGUUCUUCGUGACCCAGGCGCUGGUCAUAGGCGCGCGCGCCCGGCUCCUGGGCUCUGCGGUGGUGCUGUGCUGCAACAACACGCUGCUGAUGAGGAAGUCUGCCAGCAUCAACAGCGAUGGCAGGGGCUGCCCGCCGGGCCAGGGAAUCGGCGCAGGAGAAACCCGAAGUUUGGGGAACGUGUGCGGCGGCGCUGGUGCCUCCAACUUGGGCACUGGUGGCUUCGGCGCGCACCUGCACCACACGCUUCAGCUCGAGGCCUGCGCGCGGCCGGGGGCCAAGACGCCGUAUGCGCGCCCCAAGUUGCCGCUGGGCGGGGCUUCGGGGGGUGGCUGCGGAGUGCCGCAAGCGGAGUGCCUCGAGGCCGUGGCCAAGGUUGGUUUGCCGCAUUCCUCCGGCGGCGGCUUGGUCUGGCUCUCCGCGGGCCUUCUCAAGCUCAACUCGCAGGUGAGGGUCUCGGCCUCGGGCACCGACGGGGGGCUGGUGGCCUACAAGGGAACCCUGCUGGCCAGUGGUGGCGGCGCAGGGGGGCAGAUUGUGGCGCACCUGGGGGCCUGCCGUGUUGUUGGCUGCCAGGGUGCCUGCGAGAAGCCUGCCUUCGUGGCCACUGGGGGGCGUGCCAUGUGCUCUAGCCGGAGCUGGGCUGUUGGGGGCGCCGGCGGGGGCGGCUUCAUCGGCCUCUCCGUCGCGACAUCAUUAAGUCAUGACAGCCCGGUGUUGCUGGACGUGACGGGCGGGGAUUUGACCUCUACCUGCGCCGACACGCUGCCGCAGAGCAGCUUGAACGUCAUCCUCGGCCUGCCGGGCGUGGCAACGUCUCUGUCGCCCUGCGCGGCAGGCCAUGCUGGGCCCUUCUGUGCUGCAUGCGCAGCGGGCUUGUGGGGGGACGGCCAGCUGUGCCGCCCUUGCGCAACCCUGCAGGGCCUCGGUUUCUAUGUGGCCCGAGGGUGGCCAAACGCGUCGUGCCCCUACCAGUGCAAGCGUGGGCUGCCGCACGUGAAACUCAACCCCGAGUGCCUCAGCAACCUGCGCUUCGCCAUCAGCUGCCUCGGGGGGCGGCUGGGCCUUGUGGCAUCGCUGCUGUGCCCGGUGCUGAUCUUUUUGGGGGCCCGGUUUUGCCGGGCGCCGCCGGCCAUCCAGAGCACCAGCUUCCCCUCGGAGCUGCUGCCGAAACACUCGCGCCGGAUUUUCCUGCCGGGGGAGAACUCCUUCGAGCGGCCGUGGCGGGUGGAGGUGCUGGCGACGGAGUGCUCCGAGGUGGUUUUAAGUCGGCUGAGCGAGAUCCUGGCGGUGCCGGCAUGGGAGCCGGUGUGCCUCUUUGCCGCAUGGCUGCUGUGCCCUCCCCUGUUUCAGCUGGCCGCGUACCAGCUCCGGCGGCGCCGCGCGCAGAAGGCGCAGGCGUUGCUCCCAGGGCCGACGGCUUCGGGAGCUUCAGCUUCGCGGCUGGGCUGCGACGGCGGAGCCACGCUGGGCUUCCUGGACAUUUUCGACAUGGAGAGGUCUUUGGUGGAUUGGGCUCCAAGCCUGCGGCAGGAGCACAUCUUCCUGGUGCGCGGUCAGGGCACUUGGAGCUGCCCCUGGGAGCUGGACGUGGGGGAUCCCCUGCUGCUGGGAGUGGCGCCGAGCCAACUGGCGCCCCAGGCGGCCUUCUCGCUGGUCUGCGCCUUCAACCGCCUGAGCCGACACCUGGCGAGGCCUCUGACGGACUCGGACCCCGCGCUGCGGCAGCUGCAGGAGCUGAGGCGCCAGCACCUGGCGCAGGUGCAAGUCUUUCGCCUGCGCUCGAGGGAGGUGUGCUCUUCUGGGCCGACCUUCUCAGACCUUGUCCGCCGAAUCCCCUCCAGCACCCAAGAUGCGGAGUUCCGCCUUGGCCUCGUCUUCUCCGCGACCGCGAAUCCUGCGAAUAGAUUCGCGGAAAGGGAGGCGCCGCUGGUGACGCCCCAAAGGCCGGAGCUGCCGGAGCCAGGGCCGGAGGUGGCGACCAAGGAGGAGACAAGCGGUGAUUGGCGGCGCAAGCUCGCUAGCUUCCGCUUCUGGCUGCUGGUGCGAUGCUCCUGCCCGCAGGCGUCCUUUCUGACGAUGUCGCUGGUCUUCUUGAUCUUGGUGGUCUUCGAUGUCAUGGCCUGCGCCUUGAUGGCCUACAGCCUCUGGGCCCUGGCGGCCCCGGGGGUUCUGCGCCGCUGGCUGCUGCUGCCCACGCCCCUGGCGCCGCUGCUGGCGCCGGCGCUCGGCCUGGCGGCACUGCUGGAGGGGAGGACUCCUUUGGCGCAGUAUUUGCACCGCGGCCACGCGCAACUGGCGCUGCGCAGCCUGCUGAAUCUGGUGCCAGUGGCGCUGGUGCUGAAGGCUGAGUUGCUGCUGCCUUUCUGCGUGGUUCUGGUGCUGAAUCUCUGCACCAUCUACGCCGCCGCCGCCUUCAGCGUGCUCGCCGCCGAGGCGGCGGACCGCUGCGCCGCGAAGGCGCACUCGGCGCACUCGGCGGAGCGGCGGGCCGCCUCCACGCAGAUGAUGGUUUUGCCGCCUCGCUCACAGACAGUCUCUGACGCAGAUCCCGGUGGUUUUCAGGGGGUACCCUGA